AAGUAGCGCACCUUCCUCCUGCUUUCAACCCCCAAUCUCUCCUCUCUUCCCACGCCCACUCACACUACUUUCUCUCAUUGUGUCCUCUCCCUCUAUCUCUCUCUCUCUCUCCAAAAUGGCCUUCUUCCGCAAUGCCGCAACCCUCGCCAUGACUCUGCUCGCAUUCUUGACGCUCGGCGACGCCCGGAUACCCGGCGUCUACACUGGAGGACCCUGGCAGCAAGCCCACGCCACUUUCUACGGUGGGAGCGACGCCUCCGGCACCAUGGGAGGGGCGUGUGGGUAUGGGAAUCUAUACAGCCAGGGGUACGGGGUGGAGACGGCGGCGCUGAGCACGGCGCUCUUCAACGACGGGCAGAGCUGCGGUGCCUGCUUCGAGAUCAAGUGCGGCGAGGACCUUAAGUGGUGCCACCACGGGAGCCCCUCCAUCUUCAUCACCGCCACCAACUUCUGCCCGCCCAACUACGCUCUCCCCUCUGACAAUGGCGGGUGGUGCAACCCUCCCCGGCCCCACUUCGACCUCGCCAUGCCUAUGUUCCUCAAGAUCGCCGAGUACCGCGCCGGCAUCGUCCCCGUUUCCUACCGCAGGGUGCCGUGCCGGAAGCCGGGUGGGAUCCGGUUCACCAUCAACGGGUUCAAGUACUUCAACCUGGUGCUGGUGACGAACGUGGCCGGCGCCGGCGACAUCGUCCGGUUGAGCGUGAAGGGGUCGCGCACCGGGUGGAUGCCGAUGUCCCGGAACUGGGGCCAGAACUGGCAGUCCAACGCCGUGCUGGUGGGCCAGUCCCUCUCCUUCCGCCUCACCGCCAGCGACCGCCGUACCUCUACAUCCUGGAACAUCGUCCCGGCCCACUGGCAGUUUGGCCAGACCUUCGCCGGCAAGAAUUUCAGGGUCUAAAUUUACCUAGGGACAAUAACGGUUGCAGACACGGCGGUGGGAUUUCAAAUUUCCCGCCACCGUGGUGUCUUUUCGGUUUUUUUUUUUUUUUUCCCUAGGCGCCAAUUUCAGGCGGGUUGUCAGUAGUGCCGUCCGGGUACGCGGGGGGGAUCGAGGCAAGGAUUUUGGUUGGUAGGCGUGAAAGCAAAAGUGGAGGGGAGGAAUGGGGGUGGGGCUUAAAUAUUUUGAUUUGACCGUUUGUUUGUGAUGUUAUUGGAGGUAGUGCGAUUAGAGCGAGCGUAUCGCGUAGUAGCGGUUGAAGUGGCUGCAGACCAAAAGAAAGGGUGCGUCAGUAGCCCGCAGCUGCAUUUGCAAUGUAAUAUCUAAUGAUAAUAUGAUGAUAAUUUAUAUGUUGAUUCGGA